AUGUCAUCUGUUGAUGUUGAAACUGCUGCUGAUAACAACAACAAUAACAACAACAACAACAACAUUGAUGACAACAACAGCACUGAAAAUGACAUCAACGUUAACAAUACUAACCAUGUAAACAACAAUUUCAGCAACAAGGAAGAUGAUGAAAACCACAACAACACUGAAAAUUGCAUCAAAACCCCUGACAACAACAAUAACAACAUCGACAAUAAUAAUAACUUUGACACCGAUAGUAUUAAUGACAUCAACAGCAACAACAACAUUAACAUAAAUAAUAAUAAUAACUUUUCAAAUACUACUGCUAUAAAAACAAAAGCUUCUAACGAAAUAAUUUUUUUUCAUACCUAUCCUACAAAUGCUACUAGUACUAUUACUACUGCUGCUACUACUACUACCACUACUACUGCUAUUACUACUACUACUGCUGCUGCUACUACUACUACUUUUUCUGCAGUAACUGCAGUUGCUGCAGUUACUGCUACAACUGCUGCUAUAAGGGCUACGACUGCUACUGCUACUAACUCUUCGACUGAUGGCGUUGCUUCUACUACUACUGCUUAUAAAAAUGAUGGUGAUAAUGAUGAUGAUAAUGGUGAUGACGCUGACGCUGACGAUGACGAUGAUGAUGACGUUUUUCUUGAAAAUCCAAAGACACCAGAUCAGAUCAAAGAAUCAACAAAACCAUACGACCAAUCUGCUUCCAAAAAACCAGAAGUAUCACUAUCAAAAAAACCAUUAGUAUCAUUAUCACUACAGCCAUUGUCCGAGUCAUCAGGAAGUGAAUUCAAGUUCAUCACGGAUGGAAAAAACUCCCUGGAACUGGCAGACGACAUGUUUGUCACUGUUGGCAAAUCCCGUGAUCCGAGGUUUUCCGACUCGUCAUCGUCGUCGCCGUCGCUCAGCAGGAGAGUGCAGAAGAUUAAGAACGUUCGCGAACGUCCUAGAACAUUCCAGGAAGACGCCGUGGACCCUUCCGGAAGUCGUCCCAUUUCCGCCGCACGAGCCAAUGAUAAUGCAGAAAUGAUUGACAGCGAAAACAACAACAACAACAGCAAUAGUAAUAAUAAUAAUAACAACAACAUCAACAACAACAACAAUAGUAAUAAUAGCAACAACAACGACAACAAAAACAUCAACGUUGAUAGCAAAAACAAUGUCAGUAACAUCCAAAAUAGCAAUGUUGAUAACAUUGACAACAUCAGCAACAACAACAACAACAACAACAAUAAUAAUAAUAAUAAUAACAACAACAACAUUGUUAACACUACCACCAGCAGCAGCGUUAAUGCCAGCAACGCCAAGAAACAACUGAAACUUGAUCUUAUCUCAAACAACAACAACAACAACAAUACAAAAAACAACAUAAGUAAAAAAAUAUCUUUAAAAAACAACACGGAAUACAAUAACAACAACAACAACAAUAAUAACAACAAUAACCUCAAUACGGUCAACAAAAAAUCAUCAUCAGCCUCGCAAAAACCAUCAACAACAACACCACCACUAACAACAACAUUAAUGUUUGCAUCAACAACAACAACAUCCUACUCAUCGUCAUCAAUAAUGACGUCACCGCCAACCACAAACAGCGACAAGCCACCACCACUAUCUUGCACGUGCCACGCCUUGGUCACGUGCGAUGAUGAUGAAAUCAAAAUGGCGGACGUUGACGUCACUAAUGACGUAAGCAACGAACAACAUCAACAACAGUAUGUUGUUAAUGUUCAUGUCAAUUCUGGGGAGACUUUUUCAGUCUGUGUCAGUGAGCAAGUUCAGCUGAUCCAAGUUUUCUAUUUAAAAAGAUACAAAGAGUUACAUUCUUUAAUUUCUUCUGGAAUUCUUUCCCAUAUUCAUGGACAGGUGCCACCGGGCCACAUGGUCCAGCAGAUCAUAGACGAGAACGGCAUCUUAACUAACGUCAUCUUGUCGUCUCAGCCGCCCGGAUUAGGUGGACCCCCCUUCAUGGUGGGGUACUACAGCACUCCAGCGACGUCACCACACGGAGCCAUGAACGCCCCCUACGGCGCACCCACCCCAUACCCCUCUUUGCCCUUCCAGUACCCACUUCAUCACCACCACCACCACCACAUGCAUCACGCUGAUAUGCUGACCACGCGAAUUUGUAAUGGUGGCGGAGUUGGUGGUGGGUACGACUCGUCGUCUGGUUAUUUCAGAGCUAAGGCACUACCUCAGAAAUCGAUGGUGGACAAUGGCAACCAAUCAAUGAGCAUGUCCAGUGAGGAAGUGGAGGAAGAAGAGAAACAAAUGGUCAAAGACAUCUUAUCUAGGAUUGGUCAGCCAAAAGUCAUGGAUGUAGGGCCGAGGUGUGCCCUAAUUCUUCUGACCCCGCCCGAAUUGGGUCACACAGAGCUCAUCGACGUUGACUUAACCGACGUUUUAUACGAGUUACAUCUGUCUGAGAUGAAUGAGUUAAUGUUUAACUCGGUCUAUAGUGGUGAUGCUACGGAAAUAACUCUGAGAGAUUUAAAACCAGUCACUGAAUACUUCGUCAAGGUGCAUUCCAUACUGGAUAAUAUCGCGGGUUCUCCGUCUGAGGUAGUCAACUUUACGACCCAGGCCUGUGAGCCCGAACCACCACCCCCUCCAAAGCUGGUCUCCAAAACUAUUAGCACUCUAUUGCUCAAGUGGAAUGUUGCUAUUGAUAACGGUUCGCCAAUAACAAGUUACACCCUAGAAUACGAUAAGGGAGCUGGUGACCUAACCUUUGAGGAAAUAUUCACCGGAAGUCAGCGCCAGUACAAAAUCACCAAACUACUUCCGGCAACCUCCUACGCCUUCCGCUUGUACGCCAGCAACGCCCUUGGCAGGAGCAACCACAGCAGAGUGGCCAGCUACAGUACGAGCGGUGUGGCGCCUCAGCAGCCGGACCCACCGAUGCUGUCAGAAAGUUUUGCCGACAAUCUGACGGUUUCUUGGAUCAGAAGGCCCAAUGACGACAUGUUCACGCUCAUGAUGAUGAUAUCGAAUGAUGACGAUGGUGAUGACGACGACGAUGAUGAUGAUAAAAAGAAGAAAGAGGUAUUCAAGACAAUAUACAUUGGUCCUAGUUUAUCUUACAACGUUACUCGCUUAACCAGAAGUUCUGAAUAUAAAUUUAAGUUACAAGCAUCUAAUGAGGAUGGAACGAGUGAAUGGAGCGAUAUAGUGAAGUUCAGAACUACAGCGGACAAACCGGGCACUUGCACCAAACCACACAUUCUUGGCGAUAUCGAUCAGUCCUCCUUCACCAUUGCUUGGGAUCCUCCGGCGGACAACGGCGGUCAGGAGAUUACCAAUUACCUUGUCAUGCUAGAUAACGGCAGUGAUACAAUAGUAAAAAACACAGAACUGACUCGAGAGUAUGUGGCCAGUAACUUGAGCCCUGGCACUCUGUGCAAGUUAAAGGUAGCAUCCAUGAAUGCCAUUGGUCAGAGCCAGUGGAGUGAGACAUUGACGAUAACGACUAAACCAUCGUCGCCGAAUGCCUGCGGUCAACUGGAGGUCUGCGGUAAAAUGCGGGCCAAUGGAAUAUUUUUUGUCAGCUGGAGUUCGAAAGCGAGUUGUUCGAUUGAUUGUUUGGUUCCUGGGAGGUCCUAUCUCUUCAGGGUGAGGGCCUUUAACGGAGCCGGGGCAGGAGUUUGGAGUGAACCAACGCCCUACACUAGUGGUGCCCUUCCGCCAAGCACCCCCGACGCCCCGAUUGUCGCCUGUUCGAAUGCACACUCGAUCUCCUUAUACAGUGGUGCGGAUUUAUCAACAGAAGUAUCUGAACUUAAGGCCGCAUCUUUGUACAACUUCAGAGUUCAAGCCAUCAAUUCAGCCGGGCCCAGCUCAUUCAGUCCAACAACAACUUGUACCACGCCUCCUACACAUCCUGGACCAAUCACAUUAUUCCACGCUUCCUCAACGUCCAAUAGCAUCACUCUAAUUUGGCGGGAACCUCUGGACCACGGUAGCAAGAUUACCGGAUAUUAUAUCGGUAUCGACGAUAGACCGGUAUCGCUUAUCGAUCAGAAAGAUUUGAUACUCGUUAGUGGCGGUAAUACCGAAUAUACCAUAACUGAUCUGCUACCGGAAACUGUUUAUAAAAUAAAAAUUCAAGCAAGCAACAGCAUCGGCCUAGGGCCACUGAGUAGCUGCCUAAAGAUAUCCACCCACUCACACCCUCCCCUUCCUCCCCAUCUCGAAUGCGUCGUCAAGAUCUACCUUGGCCCCGCACACUGCUUCCGGGUCAACAAACUCCAAGAACUGACGGAGUACAAAUUCCGGAUCUGUUCCGUGAACAGGGAUGGGCAGGGAGAGUAUUCGGAUUUGUGCGUCUUCAAGACUUCCAAAUCACCUCCGCCUGUUCUUAAAGCGCCGAAGGUAGCGUACAUAACAAGUGAGGCAUGCAGUGUUGAAUGGGCAGCACUGAGACCUAUGGGUCACGACAACAUAUACUACAUCUUGCAUAUACAAUCUGUCUUUGGUAGAGAUCAAACCUUCAAAGAGAUAUACCGAGGUCCAUCAACGACCCACCGAGUAUCAGGGCUGUCCCCAUCGAGCGAAUAUCGAAUCAAAGUUUGCGGCGUGCGUCAAUCAAAAAACCAACUGACCAAUCAGAACGAAGAAGUAAUCGGGUCAUUCAGCCAAACGACUUCAUUCGUCACUGCCCCAGAUAAGUCGGCCAGUUUGAGGUCAAAUGAGGAUUUGACCUCCGCCAACGUCACGAACAAGUGGUCUGGGUCAAGGUUACUAAGGUUCGACUGCACUGACCAGCAGUAUGCGGUCAUUUUGUUGAUAUGUUUCGCUCUGUUCGCCAUCCUUGUGGCGUUCAUCGUACAGUAUAUCGUCUCGCAGCAGAGCGAGGAGGAUGUUUAUAAUGUAUCAUCAUCAUCGUCAUCGUCAUCGUCAACUGUUACGUCACCAUCUUCAUCGUCGUCGUCGUCAUCAUCGUGA